GUAAUACUAGAAAUAUUGAAAAACUUAGAUGUGACGUCAUUAAGUCGCAUGAGCAGAGUCAAUAAACGCUUCAAUAAUUUAUCACGCGAACCAGCUCUGCUGUACAAAUGUUUGAAUUUACGAAAUAUACACCUAACAUAUAUGCAUAAAAAUCUCCGUCAGUUAUUUGAUUAUUUUGCACCGAGAUGUAAACAUUAUUUACUACAGUUGGAUCUGGCAUAUUGUCAUUUUUUUGCUCCGGAGUUUAGGGAAUUUAUAAAAACUUGCUGCAGACAUUUAACACACCUACGAUUAAGUCACUGCAGUUAUGUCUUUGAUUCUGAAUUACGUGAUAUUUCAGAGAUAUGCAAAAAUUUGAAAGAAUUGGAUCUAAAUUAUUGUAAUCACAUAAGUAACAAAGGUAUUUCACACCUCAAAAAUUUACAGUUUUUGGAAAGUUUACAACUUGCACAUUUAAUGAGAAUUGAAACUAGGACUUUAUGUGAUGUACUACAGAAAAAUCGACAGAUGCGUGAUUUAAAUUUAGCAAAUACGCGUUUAAAUAUAAAUAAAGUCGCUAUAGAAUUAAAAAAUUGUCUCAAUUUGGAAAGAUUAAAUUUAACGGGAAGCUCUUUUACAUCGCAAGGGAUUUAUGCUCUUGCCAAUUGUAAGAAUCUGAAAGAAAUAAAUUUUUGUAGAUGCUGGAAAAUGGAUUACAAUGACCGGGGUGGUGCCUUCAGUAGAUUGUUUUCCUCUUGUCAACGCCUGGAAAAAGUCGACUUGAGCUAUUUUGAACAGUUUAAACGUAUCACUAAGCGUGAUUUGGAAACACUAGCGUUGUGUAAAAAUUUAAAAUCCUUAAACUUGAUGAGCUUGGAUUCUGUGACACCUGCUAUAUGUUUCCAACUUUUUACAAAUUGCACUAAAUUGAACGAAAUCGAUCUUAGUUUUUGUAAAAAUAUUAGUCAAAGCUUGGUUGACCAGUGGAACGAAAUAUACAAUGAAAUAAUUGUGUAUAAAUUUUCACACAGGCAACUUCGGUGAAAAAGUUUCUCUGAAUUUCUCUGAAAGACUAAAAUUUAUUUUUCCUGAAAAUGUUCGUUACUUCGGAUACAUUGCAGAGUUUUCAGAGAAUUUUUUAGUAUAAUUUCAGAGACUUAUCAAAAUAUUUUAGUGAUUCACGCAAAAAAAAGAUUAACCAAUAUAGCUAAAAUAUAACUAUGGCAGCUAAGAUGUGUACUUAAAAUAGGGACAGCUAGUAUAUCGUUGUUGCUGAAUCUAAAUUUAUUAGUUAUUAAAAUGUAGGUGCUGCAGCAAAAAACAUUUGCUGCUAGAAUCAAAUGACGUUUAGUUAAUCCUGUUGAGGAAUAUUUAGCAAAACUUUUAAAGUUUUCAGCAAAGUUAUUCAAUCCGUGUGCCACUUUCUU